GACUAGUUAGACUACAAGAAAGUGGAGCCAGAAAGUAGAGACAAACAUAUUACCCUUUUUUUUCUGUCAGGAUAUGUUGUGUCACGUGUGUGUGUGCGUGUGUGUGCGUGUGUGUGUGUGUGUGUUUUAAAGGGAUUAACUGAGACUGUUCAGUGCCAGGGUCUUCAAACUAAGAACAUUUGGAAUCCUACGUCUCUAACAACCCCUUUUACCUUGAUUUCAUAGCUCUUAUUACAGACCAGGCGGCUCCUGGAGAGAACAUUUUAUUGGUGAAAAGUCUCAGUCAGAAAAUCUAAAAAUGGAAAAAGGAUACCCACCAAAUGAAUCGGCUCCACCCUACCCGGGACCACCAAUGAACUACGGGGCACCUUAUCCUCCGCAAGGCUACCCGUCUGCACCUCCAGCUGGUUACUCACCUGUACCACCUCCACCUGGUUACUCGCAUGCACCACCUCCAGCUGGUUACUCACCUGCAGCACCUCCACCUGGUUCAUACCAAGGAGUGACUCAUGUGAUAAUGAGACCUGCACUACAUGACAUCCCAGGACAAACUCUAUGUCCCCACUGCAGUCAGACUGUGGUCACCAGGACGGAGCACACGCCGGGCCUGUUGACCUGGGCCAUUUGUGGCGGCCUCGCCUUAUUCGGUUGUUUUAUUUGCUGCUGCAUCCCGUUCUGCAUUGACUCCUGCCAAGAUGUAGAGCAUCGUUGUCCAUCUUGCAACAAAACCGUCUACAUAUACAAGCGGAUGUGAAGCGAUCCCUGAUGUAUGGAUCAUUAUUAUAUGAAAAAGCAUCUACAAUAUUGUACCCACAGUUCAUCAUUGAACUCUAUGAAUGUAUAUGAACUGUAAUAAGAUGUGAUUCUAGGUGCCGUUCUAGGAUAUUUUCAGUUAUUACGAAGUAUUAUGAUUUGUAGACGUUAAAUCAAUGCAAUUGACAUGCAAUAUGGGGAUUAGGUCAAUUGGACACUCUAAAUUGACCGUAGGUGUGAGUGUGAGAGAGAACGGUUGAAUGGUUGUCCGUGGCCCUGCGAUGGACUGGUGAUCUGUCCAGGAGUUGGCACAGCACCCUCCACGGCCCUCCUGAGGAGGAUGAAGUGGUAGAAAAUGGACGGAUUGGGUGGAAAUCAAAGCAUGUUUUUGUUUCAUUUUUGACGUGAAAUGAAUUGGUGCCAGUUGUAGAAUGAAUUGCUCUCGUUUCUCCAGUUGUCAAUGUACAGCAGUUAUUUGCCAAGUGUCUUACAUUUCCAUGCUUGUUCCAGAACCAAAUAUCUUUCUAUAUUUCUAUCUCUAUAUUUCAAAGCAUAAUGGGUGCUCAUCGAUGGCAUUUUUAUUAAAUCUUCUAUUGUAACCACA